CCAGUGGGAGGGACCAGUGACUGCCUUUGGACGUCAUUCAUUCGCCAGCUUGUUAGCUAAAAGACAGACCUCUGGGUGUUGUAAGUAAUUUAACUGGGUUUUAAACUGCUUAAGGUAUUGAUCGUGUAUCUCGCAGCUCUAGUGAGACUAACUUGGAGGUAGACUAGUUAAGCGGAUCGGUUUAGCUUGUAUGCUAACCACAGGACCUAACAGGGCAAUUAUCCGGCUGUCAAACGCAGCCGAACCGGGACGUUUCUGGGUCUGUUUCUAGCGGUCACCAUGGGUGAGGUGGAGCUCUCCUGUCGGGCUUAUGUGAAGAUGUACCUGCACUCCUGCCUGUUCCCCCGCUGCAGCAUCAAUGGACUGCUGUUGUCCUCAAGCUCGGCAGGUGGCGCUGUUUGCGUGACGGACUGCGUGCCGCUACUUCACUCUCACCUGCCCUUGGCUCCCAUCACGCAACUGGCCCUCACGCAGGUGGAUGUCUGGUGCGCUCAGACUCAGCAGAGGAUAGUUGGAUAUUACCAGGCCAACGCCUGCGCAUCAGACUGCAGCCCGACGCCGUGCGCUCUGAAGAUAGCCGACAAGAUCGCCGAGCAGUUUGAGAGUGCAGUCUUAUUAAUGCUCGACGGCAGCAAGAUGUCUCCAGAUGAUCGGGUUCCUCCGAUCGUCAUGUACGAGCGCAGAGACUCCAAAUGGGUUCUGAAGGACAAACACACGAUCAUGCUGCGGCAGUGGGAAGAGACGCAGGCCAUCGCCAGCCAGAUGCUGGAGUCGGGCGACCACGCCCUCCUGGUGGACUUCGACGGCCACCUGGAUGACAUCACCAAGGACUGGACCAAUCAGACGCUCAACGCCAAGAUCGCCGAGCUUUCCUCGCCGGCCAACGGAAACAUCUGACGGCGACCCGGUUCCUCCGACACAAACACACACCCAGCAGAGUCCAUGGAAAAGUUUUACUAUCGACAGAACAAAGACAAACGAGCUUAAAUGACACAUUUACAUCUCGUGCCAACCCAAAAAAAACGGAUCAUUUUUUAACUAAUCCACCUUAAAAUAGGAUUUAACUCCAACAAUCCACCUCAUGGUUUUAUUUCUAAAUGCCUUUUUUAUUUUUCUUGUGUCACAAAAUGUUCAUCCAACUCAGGAUGAUGAUGUGAUGAUGAUGGUAGUUUGUUUAAAAAAAAUAUCUGUUUUAUUUGGUUGAUUUCCUCAUAAUUGCUGGAUAGAAACGUUUAAUUUGACAGGAUGUACUUAAUUAUUGUUUUUACACUGUGAUUAAUUACAUUGGUAACAAGUUUUCAACUUCUACAAACCUUAAAUGUUCCAGUUUUAAAUAUUGGAUAUAAACUGAACUCAAAGCUCGUUGUGGUCCAAGAAUAAAUUUCCUUCUUCAUU